AUGCUGCCGGCCGGCUGCUCUCGCCGGCUGGUGGCCGAGCUUUGGGACGCCCUGGACGCCUGUGCCGAGCAACAGCGGCAGCUGGAGCAGAGCCUACAGGUCUCCCGGCGGCUGCUGCGGACCUGGGAACCAGACGAGACCCCGUCUCCGGAGCCAACCCCAGGUCUAGAAACUAAUGAAAAGGCUCCAUUUCCAGCAUACACACCCAGCCCUCAAGACCUCAAGGAGCUGGAGCUUCUGACCCAGGCCCUGGAGAAGGCUCUACAGGUGCGAAAAGGCAUUUCUAAGGCUAGAGGAAGAGACAAGGCCUCCAGCCUGAAGUCUGGGUCUACUGCCACUCCUGCUGCCUCUGCCCCACCCAGAGCUUCUAAAACAAAACCCCCCAGGGGCACCCACCAGACCACCAUGCCUACCAAGGGCCUCCCUAAGCCCGGGCUUCUGUCAGCGGAAUAUCAGACCUGUAUGAGGAGAGGGCCCCAAGCUGCCAAGCCUGGACCAAGCCUCAGGGACCAACAAAUAGCUCCAUCGGCUGCUCCUCAGGCCCCAGAAGCUUUCACACUCAAAGAGAAGGGGACCCUGCUGCGGCUACCCAUGGCCUUCAGGAAGGCGGCUUUUCAGAACUCUCGCCUGUGGGCCCAGCUCAGCUCUACACAGACCAGUGAUUCCAUGGAUGCUAUUAUGUCCUCCAGAACCCAGUUCCUCCAGAAAAUGCAGGUGACCUCAGGUCGGCCCAGCUCUGGGCUCAGUGCUGCAGAGGUGGAGGCAGAAGUGGGGCGCCUACAGAAUGCCUGCUUGCUGCUGAGGCUGCGAGUGAGGGAGGAGCUCACAACAGACCCCAUGGACUGGAUGCAGGAGUACCGCUGCCUGCUCACCUUGGAGGGGCUUCAGGCCAUUGUUGGGCAAUGUCUCUACAGGCUGCAGCAGCUACAAGCAGUAGCCAGACAGCAGCUGGGGCCAUGGCCUGAAGGGAGACUCCCCAGGGCCUCAUUGCCCUGUGGAAGAGGAGCAGACCCCAUCUGGAGCCCCCAGCUGCUUCUCUACUCCAGCACCCAGGAGCUGCAGACCCUGGCGGCCCUCAGGCUUCGGGUGGGCAUGUUGGACCAGCAGAUCCACCUGGAAAAGGUCCUGAUGGCAGAACUCCUCCCUUUGGUGAGCAUGCAGGAGCCACUGGGACCAUCUUGGCUGGCACUAUGUCGGGCUGUGCACAGCCUUCUCUGUGAAGGAGGCCAACGUUUCCUCACCGUCCUUCAAGAUGAACCUGCUGACUGA